AGAAUGGACCUUGAUCCAUCGUAUUAAAAGCCCACUUUUAUUCUCUCAAUACCCAUGACGUGUCAACAAUAGUAGCGCCCAAGUUAUUAAAGUGAAAAAGGAUUGUAAAGACCGACGGUAGUAGUUUCGUCAAAAACCAACCAAGAGGUUAAGGGUAACUGGGACAACCCUAAACACACGGACCAUGGAGAUGCAAAACGAUUUCGACCGUCUACUGUUUUUCGAACACGCUCGUAAGAGUGCCGAAACUACCUACGCUCAGAAUCCCCUCGAUGCUGAUAACUUGACGAGAUGGGGAGGUGCAUUAUUGGAAUUAUCACAGUUUCAGCCCGUGACGGAAUCGAAACAGAUGAUUUCUGAUGCAACCUCAAAGUUGGAGGAGGCAUUGGCUGUUAAUCCUGAAAAACAUGAUGCGCUUUGGUGUCUCGGGAAUGCGCAUACAUCUCAUGCAUUUUUAACCCCUGAUAUGGAUGAGGCUAAGGUUUACUUUGAAAGAGCAACUCAGUGCUUUCAGCAAGCACUUGAUGCGGAUCCAACAAAUGACCUUUACCGCAAGUCCUUAGAAGUUACUGCAAAGGCUCCAGAAUUGCACAUGGAAAUCCACAGACAUGGUUCCAUUCAACCAAGUACGGCGGCACCAGAACCUUCAACAUCGACAAGCACAAAGACUUCAAAAAAGAAAAAGAGCAGUGAUCUCAAGUAUGAUAUUUUUGGAUGGGUAAUACUUGCUGUUGGUAUUGUUGCAUGGGUGGGAUUUGCAAAAUCUAAUAUGCCUCCACCGCCACCCCCGCCUCGACAAUGAAAGCCAGCCAUAAUACUGCUUUACUGGUGAAGAACUCUAUUAGAGUUUUUCCUUUGCAUAAACAGGGUGCUAGGCAUUCAUGCCUGUCAUUUAAUUAGUUAAAACUUUCAAGACUUUUUUCCCGGUGUAAUAGAUCAAAUAAGACCCUUUUCUUUUCAUCUCUUAAUAUUUUUCGUGGAGUUCAA